UAACAGUCCAGCAUGAUGAAGAUAUCGGAGAUCACGCUUCAGAUGAUGAGAGUUGUUGUGUUAGGAAUGAUUGUGAGGGUAUUAUUUUAUAAGAUUUAACGAUAAUUUUGUUGUAACAGGUAAACUGAUACAAUGAACGAGGAAGCUGUUACUGAGAAGACGCGUCGCAGUAAACGUCAAGCAGGUCUAGAUGUUAGUCCAGUGGUGUCUUUAACUACCAAGAAACAGAAGAAGAAUUGUCCAAAGAAGAAUGCGGAACUUCAGUCACAACAUGAAGAACUGGAGCAACAUACAAUUUCUGAAGAAGUGGAACAAGAACCAGAAUCUGCAGGAGCCGAAGAAGAUGAUGAUGAUGAAACACAACCACCCGAAGAACAUGACGAGUACGAAACACUACCACCUGAAGAAGAACAUGAGGAAGAAGAAGAUGAGGAAGAAGAAGAAGUCAUUCCUAGCUCUGAGACACAAACACAACAAUCUGAUAACCAAGUCAAGAAGACUAGAGGUCCAACAAAAAUGCGCAAAGUGGCGAAACAUAUAGAGGACAAGGUAGAGGUGGAGUUCAAUUCUUUGGGAGAGCAUGUUGGCCGUGGAUCAGUGACACUGUCCUCCUUCCUUGGUCCUCUUGUGAGAGAGCAUGUGCCUGUACUGCUAGAUGACUGGAGACAUAUGGAAGAGAAAACAAAAGACGCUCUGUGGGAGGAAAUACAGGGGAGAUUCAACUUGACAGAAGACUGGCAAAAGGAUGUAGUCUUUAAGCAGAUGGGUUGUUUGUGGAGGGCCUCUAAAUCUAGACUGUCUUCCAUAGUUAGAGCAACAAAAAACAAGGCGCAACUACAGAGUAUUAAACCCAGUAAUAUACAAUCUGCAUCAGCUUGGAAUAAUUGGGUGAAAGGAAGAUGUACUGCAGCUUUUCAGGAACAAAGUAAUAAGUACAGGGAACUCAGGAAGGCUCAAAUUCCCCACACCACUAGCCGUAAAGGCAUGAAUCGCCUUGCAGAGGAGAUGAAAAAAAACAGUUCUGAUCCUAAGCUAGUCACUAGAACUAAGGUUUGGGUCGCUGGUCAUACACAUUCUGAUGGAACACCAGUGCGUCAAGAAUUUGCAGAUACAAUAGAGAAGAUAAAGAGACUUGACAGUGAAAUGGAAUCAAGUUCAGCAGAUAAUAUCGGUGAAGAUGCUGUCACUCAGGUCCUAGGAAAAGAUAAGCCAGGAAGAAUUAGGGGGAUGGGACGAGGGGUUACUGUCACCAAGUUGGCAUUCUUACAUGCUAGAGAUUCACAUGUAAAGCAACUUGAAGCAACUCAAGCUGAACUAAUCAACAAGGUUCAAGAUUUGCAAAAUGUGGUUAAAGACUUGGCCGGUAAAAAGCAAAAAAACGGAUAUGAUUCCACUUCUGAGAGAAGCGAUGUGAGCAAGGGAGGAGGAAUAAGGUGCCAGAUACUGGAUUGGGUUUCGAAUGAUGAUUUGGUUGUUGCUGAAGGAGAAUUCUACUCUAGUGAGCCCACAUAUAAGAUUGGUCGCAUUCCACUGGGUCCUAAUGCGGCUGCUGUUGUAGUGAAGUCUGUAUCAGUCGUAACAGCACCUAUAUGGAGACCUACUCCAACUUGUGUAUCGCUUAGUCAGGCAGUAGGAGUGAAAAUUGCAUGGCCAUCUGAGAAACUCAUCUUGGACGAUGGCAUUGACAUCUCAAACAAUGGCAACAUCGACGAGUCCGAGGUAAAAAAUACAUUCUGUCCUCCAACGUUUGUUAAUCAUUAAUGAAUUUACUUCUGAAAUUUGUGAAUAUAUUUUGCAUGAUUCAAGAUCUAGCUGCAUCUUUAGGAAAUGUUAAAAUAUUUGAUUACUGGAAACUAGAAGAGGAGUUGAUUGCUGAGGGUGUCUUGUUGACAACCGAUCCUUCUCACCUUGUCAACCAAAUUCCCCUUGGACCGAAUGCUGCAGUUCUUAGAGUCCAACUGGUUUUUAAACCUGAUGCAUUUAUCUGGAGACCUACACCUGAAAUGACAAAGAUGGGUGAUGCAGUACAUGGGACAAUAGCGUGGCCUCUAGAUAAGAUAAGACUACCUGAUCAACAUUCACCUACUGAUCAACAUUCACCUACUGAAUCAAACAAGAUAUCCAAUCAGAGUGGUGGUAACAGCACUAGUAGUAGCAAUAAAGGUGGUAAACAGAGAUGUGCUCUCUUGGACUGUCAAAGAUUAGGACAGAGAGUUGCUAUAGGUCGUGUGUUGUCAACUGAUCCAGCAGAGAAAGUGCAUUUCGUUCCUUUAGGUCCCAAUGCUACGAAGGUUAUGGUAGAGGUUUCCGAGUUCGAUGGGGCUCGAGUGUGGAGGCCAAACUCUGAAAUCGAAUUCAUAGGUGAUGCAGUAGGAAGCACCGUGGCUUGGCCAAAUGAUAAGGUUGUGUAUCUCUAAGGAUGACAAUGUUGCUUUAGUGUGAACUUGCAAUGUAUGAUGUCUAAACAACUUAUGUAAUGUGUUUAUGUUGGAUUUAUGAAAAAUCUGUUUAUUAAUAUAAUUUGAUCUUUUGUUUCAAAAUUCCGAAAUCGAAUAUGUGGAAAUAUAAAUAUAUAAAAAAUUACAAUUUAAAAUAUAUAAAUAUAUUAAUAUAUAAAUAUAUAAACAUAAUAUAUACAGCACUAAUCAAACUGCUAUAGUAGUUCAUAUAUACGUAGCACUUUCGUAACUGCUAUAGUAGUAUUAACUAAAACAAAGAGAAAACGCUAUUAAUAAUAUUAGUAAUAGCAUUAAAACAACGCUAUUAAAUAUUAUUUAAUUGCAGAAAUAAAAGCGCUAUCGUAGCGGAAGAAAAGAUAGCACAACGAAAUACCGCUAUUUAAUGCCCUCGACCUAUUAUGACGGGCGAUGAUACAGCGCUUGUUAAAGCGCUAUCGUAUUGUUAUAUAGCGUUAUUCGUCCGC